AAAUUAUGGGCUUUGCCUGGAAGAGUUGGAAGUUGCUAUUUGCAAGUAUUAAUCAGUUCUAGGCAUUUCUGUCCAGAGCCCAUGAAGGAAAAGGAUGUGACCAAACCCAGAGUCCGAGACCCAGAGGAGACAUUGUGCUUGGGAAUUUGGACUAUCCCUCCUAAUUCCAAACUCAAUGUAUAAAUUCUGACAUUUUUCCCUCCCAAGGUCCCUACAUGGAUAAUUUGGGUAAUUAGUUUUGCUUUGUCGAAGAUUUUCUUUCAUACCCAUCUCUCCAAACCAGCGAAACCAAGUAUUGAUAUUAACAGAUUCAGAAAAAAAGUUUUUUUCUCUUAUUUAAUUGGUUUUUAAAAAAAAAAUCUCUUUUUUCGUAAAGCUUUGUUACCGCUUCGAUGAAUCCUUACGACCGUAGAUACGGCGACCCCGAAUCUUACCGUCAGCGAAGGAGUGAUUUCAUGGGCCAACCGCCUCCGGUAGGUCUACCAGCUAUGGGCCCGGAAAUGGUUCCGCCAGCUGGUGCUACCUCUUAUCCCCGGGGUGGAAACGUUCCUUACGGAGGCCCACCGACUGCGCAGCCGCCGACUUUUCAGGGAAGAGUAUCCGGAGCCGUCCCAGGUACAGGAAAUUUCGAUACGUACCCGAGCUUCCAACCAGUCGCGGGAAGAUUAGAGAUGGGCCGCGGUGGGGGCAUGGGUAAUGGUCAUGUUGGAGACAGGAGAAGCGACGGGGCGAGAGGUCGUGGUGGCGGCUUCAGAGGUGGUGGAGGUGGUCGUGAUGGCCGUGGUGGUGGUGGGAGGGGUUAUGGGGGAAGGCACGGAGGGUCGUCUAGAGGGGAUUUAGACAAUGUUUCGCUUCCAAGGCAAAAUUUUGGAAAUUUGGUUCCUUUUGAGAAAAACUUUUAUGUUGAGAGUCCUGCAGUUAGAGGAAUGACAGAGCAAGAAGCUAUGGUUUAUCGUAAAACACGGGACAUUACAGUUCAAGGACAUGAUGUUCCAAAGCCAACAAGGAUGUUCCAUGAAGCCAAUUUUCCUGAUUAUUGCCUUGAGGUUAUUGCUAGAUUGGGUUUUGUUGAACCAACGCCAAUUCAGGCUCAAGGGUGGCCUAUGGCUUUGAAGGGUAGGGAUUUAAUUGGCAUUGCUGAGACUGGUUCUGGUAAAACGCUGGCAUAUUUGCUGCCGGCAUUGGUGCAUGUUAAUGCGCAGCCACGAUUGGCGCAUGGUGAGGGUCCUAUUGUAUUAAUAUUAGCACCUACGAGAGAGUUGGCUGUUCAGAUUCAAGAAGAAGCUGCCAAGUUUGCGACUCAUGCUAAUAUCAGAAGUACUUGCAUCUAUGGUGGUGCUCCUAAAGGACCACAAAUUCGGGAUCUUAAAAGAGGUGUUGAGAUUGUAAUUGCUACACCUGGUCGACUGAUAGACAUGCUAGAAGCUCAACACACAAACUUGCAAAGAGUGACUUACCUUGUUCUGGAUGAGGCUGAUCGAAUGUUGGAUAUGGGGUUUGAGCCUCAAAUAAGAAAAAUUGUUGCUCAGAUUCGGCCUGACAGGCAAACAUUGUACUGGAGUGCAACAUGGCCAAGGGAGGUUGAGUCUCUAGCAAGGCAGUUUUUACGCAAUCCAUAUAAGGUUAUAAUUGGAUCACCUGAUCUUAAAGCAAACCAAUCUAUAAACCAAGUUGUUGAAGUCGUAACAGAGCUGGAAAAGUACAACAGGCUAAUCAAAUUGCUCAAGGAAGUGAUGGAUGGGAAUCGAAUACUCAUAUUCAUGGAGACAAAGAAGGGAUGCGACCAAGUUACUAGGCAGCUGAGAAUGGAUGGAUGGCCUGCUCUAUCCAUCCAUGGUGAUAAAAACCAGUCUGAAAGAGAUUGGGUCCUGGCUGAAUUUAAGAGUGGCAGAAGUCCCAUAAUGACUGCUACUGAUGUGGCUGCACGGGGUCUUGAUGUAAAGGACAUAAAGUGUGUGAUCAACUAUGAUUUUCCUUCCAGCCUGGAGGAUUAUGUACAUAGGAUUGGUCGAACUGGUCGAGCAGGGGCUAAGGGAACUGCUUUUACCUUCUUCACGCAGGCAAAUGCAAAGUAUGCUAGGGACCUUAUCAAGCUCCUGCAAGAUGCAGGGCAGGUUGUCUCUCCUGCAUUAUCUACAUUGGCCCGCUCUGCUGCUUCAAGUUUUGGAGGUUCCAGGGGAAACUUCCGCUCCAGAGGACGUGGAGGUUACGGUAAUCGUUCUUCGAUAUCAGGAUCAAAUACAAUACCUCUUGGUGCAAGGAGGCCUUGGUAGAUUGCAUCUAUGUGUUUCUUGCAAGUACCUGUGUCUAUGUCCAACAUAUAUCCGACAGACAUGGAUACGGAGGUACAACCCUCCAAAUAUACGGAAAAACUUAAAACUUGAGCGUACCUGUCUCGGACACAUAUCCGAAUCUGACACUCAUCCCCAAAUCCAAGUACCAUAGGUUUGCAUAGUGUUGCUGCUGCUAUGAGCCCUGAUAUCCAGGAGAUUGUUUUACAGUGUUCUGUGUAGGAUAAUGUUUUACAGAUUCAUAUGAAAGUGAAUGGAAAUGUUAGUUUGGCAUAUCAGUUGUGCCUGUCUUACUUAUUUUGUCCAUAUACCAAGAUGAUUAAUAAGAGAAAAACUGCAAAUUUAUUCUUU